AUGGCCCCUCCCAACUGCAACGCGAUGGCCCUCGUCAUCAUCCCUCUCGCCCCCGGCAAAGCGGACGACGCGAUCGCGCUGUUCAAGGACCACGAGAUGGGAUUGAAGUACACCCUCUCUCAGAAGGGCGCGGUUGAUUUUGACAUCGGCGUUCAGACCGCGGAGGACGGCUCGCAGACCAUGUACAUCUUCGAGCACUGGCACGAGGAGGCGGACUACGCCGCGUACGUCGCGACGCGCGGGGACAAGGAGCUCAUGAAGGAGUGGGACGCCGCGUUCGGGCCGUGCGUCGCGGGGCCGCCGACGAUCAAGUGGUUCCCGAGGAAGUUCUCCGUGUCCAACGGCGCGGCGACGUGGUGA